UCAGGACGGGAUCAGUCGGCCCCGAGACGUUGGAGAAAUCACACGUUUAAUUUGGCGCGCUCAUUUUCAGCUUCAAUCUGCAUUUUGUUUUAAACUCCCCUCAAGUGAAUUUGUUGCUCUUCAAUCAUUUCGAUCCCACGCCGUGCCUCAGUUUAACUGUAGAUUGGAAUUUGAUUCGACCCCACGAUUUGUUAUUCAUUAAUUAGUACAAUAAGUAAAUUUUGAUCCAAUAAUCAACAACAAACAUCUGACUGUUACUGGAAAUGAUGGCCGUUUCUUGAUUGUUGGACAGGUUUAAACCAGACGAUAUUUUAUUUGGCAAAAAAACAAACAAAACCGUUCACUUUGUUGAACUCUCUCGUCCCAGAAGGAACAGAUAUAACGAAUCGUGUUUGCGUCGCUCAACAAAACGCGAAACGCAAGCCAACAAGAGACUGUGGAUUUGCCUGUUAACUUGAAUUAGAAAGACAGAAUUUCCAUUUACGAAAAUGGUCAACUCUGAUAUUGUGGGAUUUUAUCGUGACCGCUCUGUGUUCAUCACUGGCGCCACUGGAUUCAUGGGCAAAGUGCUCGUGGAGAAACUGUUGCGAUGCUGCCCAGGUGUCAAAACACUUUACCUGCUGAUGAGACCUAAAGCGGGCAAUGACAUUCGCACACGUUUGGAAGAACUAAUCAGCACUAAGGUAUUUGAUAAUUUACGGCGAGAUUCUCCGGAAUUGUUGAACAAACUAGUACCUAUUGCGGGUGACAUGUCGUUGUCAAGUUUGGGCGUCUCACCGUCGGAUAUCAAGAUGUUGAGCGAUAACGUCUCCAUCGUCUUCCAUUCUGCAGCCACCGUUAAAUUUGACGAAGCCCUUAAAAGCGCCGUGGAAAUGAACCUGAAAGGCACGAUGAGAUUGAUCGAGCUCGUCCGCAAAAUGGAUCGCCUCGAAGCUCUCGUCCACGUUUCUACAGCUUACGCUAAUUGCGAUAAACAUGAAAUUGCUGAAAUGAUUUAUCCUCCACCAGCCGAUCCCCACAAGCUAAUGGAAUGCGUUGAUUGGAUGGAUGAAGAAUUGCUAAAAGGCAUCACCAAAAAAUUAAUUGGCAAACGCCCCAACACUUACACGUACACAAAAGCGCUGGCCGAACAUUUACUGAUGGAAGAGUGCGGUGGUAUUCCAUUGGCCAUCGUUCGACCCACUAUAGUAACAGCUGCCAUGAAAGAACCGAUUCCCGGCUGGGUUGACAACCUCAACGGACCCACAGGUUUGAUCGCUGGAGCCGGUAAAGGUCUACUUAGGACGUUGUGGUGCAAUACAACGAUGGUGGCUGACGUUAUUCCCGUUGAAUUCCCCAUCAAUUUGAUGAUUGCCGUCGCCUGGCACACUGCCACAUACAAGCCUAACAACAUCGUUGUCUACAAUUGCGCUUCUGGCUAUCACAAUCCACUCACCUGGGGCGAGAUUGAACGUCAGGGUCGAGUAGCAUUGCUCAAAUACCCAAUGAGUGAUGUGCUGUGGUACCCCAGUGGCAGCUUCAAAAGCAAUUUAACUCUACACAAGAUCGAUGUCGUGCUGUAUCAUUACUUACCCGCCUACUUCCUCGAUUUUCUGGCCCGCAUGAGUGGCAAUCCCGCCAUGUUGGUUCGCCUUUACGAUAAGGCUCAUCGUGCCAUGUCGUGUCUCAACUAUUUUACUACUCACGAAUGGCGAUUUAUCAGUGAGAAUCCCAUCCAGCUGCUGGAAAAGAUGUCGCCUGAAGACCGACGUGUCUUCUAUUUUGAUGUGCGUACUAUUGACUGGCCGUCGUACAUCGAGACUUAUGCCCUUGGCACUCGCCGUUUCAUCUUGAAGGACGACCCUAGUACCUUGCCUGCCGCAAGGAGGCACAUGACACGAAUGUUCUGGAUUCAACAAAUGUCGCGCGUUGCAGUACUACUGCUCUUCUGGAGAGCUGUUGUGUCACGUUCCGAGACGGCCCGUCGUGUUUGGAACUUGGCUUUUACCAUGCUUGUAUCUAUGAUGCGGCGGUUGUCUGCAGGCGCUGGCAUCGGCAUCGCCAAGUAGAAAAGGCCAAGAAAACAAAGCAAAAGAAAAUGGAUUGUGUGUAAAAGAUGGUGUGCAUCGUUUGCCCAAGAUUUUCGUUUACAGAAGGGGGUCUAUGGGUUAUAUUCUAAAAUAUCUAUUAUCUCUUUAUUUUAUGGAUUUCUUUUUCUUAAUGCCGUCCGCCCCUCGUCUACCGAGAGUUUGAUAUUUGACGCUUUAUGCGUUGAAGAAAAUGUUACAAAUUUAAAGAAAAAAAAUAACAAACAAACAAAAAACAUUAAAAAAAAAAACAAAAAACCGAGCAUACAAAAAAUAUGAUUUAUCGAUAAUCUGUACUGGCAAAAUGUCCUUCAAUGGAAUUUAACUUUUACCCUCCAUGUCUCAUUUUGACUUUACCCCCCUCGUCCUUUUUUAUUUCACGUGUACUUUUUCUAAAGCAUGGUUGUGUCCGUCUUUUUUAUCCGGAUUGUCUGAUUUUCCAAGACAGAAAAACAAAAAUCACAUUCGACACAGUUGCAGUUAUCGAUGACAGAUGAGGAACAAGAAGAAGCCGAUACAUGUCCCGAAACCAGCGUAGAUGUCAACAGCUCAUUUUCCCUGGAUGCAUUUUCGAUGUCGAUAGCUCUAUGAAUUGCAAUAUGUUUUAACCCCUCCAUUUAUCUUAACAACCAAGUACCCUUUCUUUUGGAGGGGGGAGGGGUGGGAGGAUUUGAAAUUAAAAAUAGAAAAAAGAAAGCCAUCGCAUGGCAAAUAUUUACAAAAUAAAAUUUCGCAUUUUUUAAGACGAAGAAGAAAAACGCUGGCAAGCCGAGAUCCUGUAUUCCCUCCCAAUUUGAUAGUUAUGAGAAUAAUGAAUAGUACUGAAGCAAAAGGACUUAAUUCAACGCUAAUUAGAAGUGUAUAUAUAUACAGCAAGCCAUAAGGAAAUGGAGGAGUAGGUCAGUAUGUGUCUAACUCCAUGUCUUUUCCUGUUUUGCGAAAUUGUGUAUGUCUGCGUGCGUGUGCAUGCCCGUGUUUGCUUUUAUUUUUCAGUUGUCGAGCCAUUGCUCAUCAAGUUUCCCUCUUAUCAUCCCUUGCUCAAAGAGUGUUUUUUCUUUUCUUCUGAUUGUGCUAAUGCUCAUAAUCUUUCAGUCUCGCAUUGAGAUUUGAUCUGUUUUUCUUUUAAGCGCUGAUCGGCGAACAAGCUCGUCAAGAACGACAUUUGCUUUAAGCAAUGUCGUUCACAUGAUGCAUUUCAAGUUAGAGAUCCAUUGCCAUUUUAAAUUAUCGAAAUUAUUGUGGUUAGUACAUUACUGCAAGUCAA